AUGGCGCGGCGCAGCAUAGGAGAGAAGGAGCGGCCGUUGGUGAACAAGAAUGUCGACUUUAUCGGCGCCAAAGGGUCCUGGGCAAUGUACAUGGUCCUCGUCGCGAUGCUGUGGGCGGCCUGCGCGGCGGUGAUGGAGCCCGGGACGGCGAUCGUGUGCACGCACAUCUCGCACGCAGUGAUCACCUUCUUCUUGUUACACUGGGUCAAGGGCACCCCGAUCCCGGGCGACCAGGGCAAGUAUAACCAGCUCACGCUGUGGGAGCAAGUAGACGAAGGAGUGCAGGGGACGCCGAACAGGAAGUUCGCGACGGUCGUGCCGGCGCUGCUCUUCGCGGCCGCGAUCCCGGCGGCGGGGAACGGCGUGCUGCUCAUCCCGACAGUGGUUGCGGGCGUGGUGGUCAUCGUCGCGAAGAUGCCCGCGAUGUACCGCGUGCGCAUCUUCGGGAUCAACCGGUACUAG